AUGACCGAUUCAACCGCCUUGUGGGUUUCAGGUGUCGCGAGAUGUAUUAAUCCUUGUUUUGGAGAUGGGAAUGGGAAUGGGGAUGGAUGGGGAAGACGCGGCGGGUCGGGCGCUCUGUUGAGGCUCCUGAAGGAGGGAGGUAGCGGCAACGACCAGUCUCUCUCUCCUCUCCUCUCCUCUCCUCUCCUCUCCUCUCCUUUCCUCUCCUUCGCUUCGGAAGUCGGCACGCUCGCAGGUCGCGAAGCGCAUAAGGUAGCAAUAACCUUCACGCGGCUUAAAAUUAGAACGGGAAGAGGGAUGAUGAAAGACGUCAAGACGGCCAUCCCGAGCCGAGGACUUCGUGAAACAGACUCUACAGUAGAGGAGCGAAGGAAUGCAGCACGGGCUGAGAUCGGUUCCUUGCGCUAUGCUCGAUUAGAUGCUAGCCUAUCACACUACACUGGCACCCCCCUGUCCUUAUCUCCUCGGUUCCCCUGUCAACCUUGGCAUCUGGGACCUGCAUCACUGAUUCACUCACUUUCCACCUGCGACCCCCGACCCCCGACCGUCACCUUCACCUCCACCUCCACCUCCAUCUUCACCCUCACCUUCACUUCGACCUCGACCUCGACCCUCCCUUCCCACCUCACCGUCGCCAGACUGCCUCUGCCUCGAAACCCCGAUAUCCCCCAACCGAGACACAAAUCCCAACAAGACCACCGACAUACCAUCGCGAUGGCCCAUAAUCACCUCCACCGUGUCCAUGCGCGGGCCCCCGAGCCCCAGGAGCAGGUCGUGUCCAUCGUCUAUGUGACGGCGAAGCCCACCUUCACCGGUGCGAUCGCAGGAUAUUCGACUCUGGGCCUCGCCAUCAAUACCAAUGCCCCGCAGCCCGACGACCUGGAGGACCCUACGCCGGCCAUAUCGACGCCUGCCCGCAAGACCGCCUCCCGACCACAGAACACCCUCGCGACCGAGACAAGGCUCCCCUCCGCCAUCUCGGUCCCAGUCUCCAUGUCCGUCGGCACCUCGCUCCUCGCCGCGACGGGCAGCCCGACGCCCAGCGCAGAUCCCAGCUCUACCAAUGCGGGCGCUGCUGACCCGUCGACCUCUGGCAGCAGCCCCGAUGCCUUGAGCACAGCCGGAAAGGUGGGACUGGCCGUCGGUCUCCUCCUCCUCGUCGGAGCUAUCCUGGCCAUCCUCUUGCUCUGCUACAAGAAGAAGAGAGACGCAGCCCAGGAGGCCGAGGCCGGUGAGGAUGAGAAGUACGUCGCACCCGCUGCUGGAAACAUCGCCCAAUCCUCCGUCAGCGUGCACGCAGCUGCCAAUGCGCCUCGUCUCUCGCUGCGCCCCAUCACUCAGUUCGAGCCCAACCUGGGAGACCAGCAGGCCGCCAGCCACCUGCCGUACCCUACCCACUGCCUUACCCCGGUCCCCGAGUCGAGACCUGCCACGCCCAAGUCCACCACGUCCAUGCCGGAGAACCCAUUUGGAAACCACGCGGAGGUUGCGCCCGUCCAGAACCCAUUCGGCCCUCACGCGGAGACGAUCGAUUCCACCAACGCCGACGGCCCAGCUGAGCUUGAUACGAUGACUAUCGCUGCGAUGCCCAUGCCUCCUUCCGGGGGACUCCAGCGGAGUGCGUCGAAGCGGGAGCAUGGUGGCGCUCCGAUGGAUUUCACCAAGCCGGGCCCCAUGACGGGUCCACCUUCCCCAGCCGGUACCGAGUUCAGCACCUCGUCUGCUUCCCCUAGUACUACAUUCCAGACCAACGGAGGCGCUGCCAUUGCUGCUGCCGGUGGUCCCGCCAACUCGGCUGUGCACCGCGUUCAACUCGACUUCAAUCCUAGCAUGGGUGACGAGCUGGAGCUGAAGCAGGGCCAACUGAUCCGUGUCCUCCACGAGUACGAUGAUGGAUGGGCUUUGUGUAUCCGACUGGAUCGAUCCAAGCAGGGAGUCGUACCACGCACUUGCCUGUCUACCCGUCCUGUCAAGCCCCGUCUUCAGCAGCCUCCCAUGCAGAAUGGUCAAUACAGUCCCCCUCCAGGAAUGCGCGGCUUUGCUCCCAAUGGGUUCAAGGGACCGAGAAUGGCACCCCUCCAAAUCCGUCCCAACACACCCAACGGCCAGCAAUACGGACCUGAGUCGCCAGCUGGAUCCAUGCACCAAGGUCGACCUAUGACUCCCAACGGCCAACAGUUCUACCCAGCUUCCCCCGCCGGCUCGAUGCAGCAGCACCCUUCCAGCCCAGCAGGCUCGAUGCGCUCGUCACCUCAGCAACGUUCCCAUGCCAACUCCGCCGCCCAGGGACCAGCUGCGCGCCUCUCACCUGGCUCAAGUCCAAUGAAGCCCGCGACGAUGCCCGAAUCCGACCGCCCCACCACCCCCAUCCGAAAACCCGUUCCAGGCCAAGCCUUGUGA